AUGGACAUCAACACCCUGAACCACGAAGUCUUGAGGCCCUCUGGGUACUUCAAACAGUACAUAGAUGACCAGGUUUUUGAGGAAGUCUCUAGUUGUACCAACCAGCGGGAAGUGCUGGUCUCUGGGAACACCCUUAAAACCACUCCAGAGGAGGUGAAAACCUUCUUUGGAAUGGCAAUGUACAUGUCAUGUCUCAAAUACCCGAGGAUCCGCAUGUAUUGGGCAGCAAAGACAAGGGUCCCUAUCAUCACCAACUCAAUGACCAGGGACAGAUUCUUCAAAAUCCGCCAGUCCAUCAAAGUGACAGAUGACUUUGCCAUCUCAGAUGACCACAAAAAAGAGGAUGCACUCUGGAAGGUCAGGCCUCUGUUAAACAGAGUGCAACAAGGCUGCCUCAAUCAGCCAAGACCAUUGAAGGCCUGCAUAGAUGAACAGAUGAUUCCUUUCACAGGCCGGUGCCCUGUGCGCCAGUUUGUGCCAGGCAAGCCAAAUCCUACUGGUCUGAAGGUUUUUGUGCUUGCCAGUCCCAGUGGCAUGGUGCUUGAUUUUGAAGUGUACAAGGGGAAAAACACAUUCAGAGAUAAGCAGGUGGGCAUUGGGGGGAAUGCUGUCAUUCGCAUGGCAGAAUCACUGCCAAGGGGUUCCCACCUGUACUUUGACAGGUAUUUCACAUCGGUCAAAGUCCUGGAUCGACUGAAGGCAAAUGGUCUCCUGGCAACGGGGACCAUUAUGAAGAAUCGAAUCCCUGCCAUCUGUAAGGCCAAGAUGUCCAAUGACACCAUGCGUCGGCAACAAGAGAGAGGUGCCUCCGAAAUGGUUGUAAGGAAACCAGGAACAGAGAUUGCUGUGACUAAGUGGUUCGACAACAAAGAAGUCCUCAUGGCAUCUACUAUCCAUGGGAUAGAGCCCCAGGAUAGCUGCACAAGGUGGUCAAAAAAAGAGAAGCGCCAUGUCACUGUGCCUAGACCUGCUGUUGUGGCGGAGUAUAACAACAACAUGGGUGGGGUUGAUCUGUGUGACCGCAUGAUCAGCUAUUAUCCCAUGUCAAGCCGCACAAAGAAGUGGACCGUCCGCACCAUGCUGCAUUUCUUUGAUCUGGCUGCCACAAACAGCUGGAUCCAGUACAGGUCAGACCACCAGGCCUCUGGGAGACCAGCAAAAGAGAGGAUGCAGUACUUUGAUUUCAAGCUGCUACUGGCGGAGGAAAUGCUGUCCCAGGCACAGGGUGGUGCAGACAGUCAAGAUGAAGAGGUGUCCAGUGGUGAGGAAGAUGAGGUGAGCACCUGGGGGGAUGAAGAGAACAUUCCCAAAAAGAAAAGGAGGUCUGUUAAGCCACAGCCCAACAAAGAAGUGAAGAAGUAUGGAGCACUACAUUUGCCAAAAAUGGUGGAGACAGCGAAUUCUUCAAGGUGCAGGAGAGAAGGAUGCAAAGGGAAGACAUUUGUGAAGUGUGUGAAGUGCAACAUGUUUCUUUGUGUCUCAAAGGCCAAGAAUUGCUUCCUGAUGUACCAUGCAUGA